AUGUCGCUUUCUCUGGAGAUUCUGUGGAAGCUGACCACUCCCUCGGGUGCCCUCGGAGACGCCGCCAAGGUGUCCGACCAAGGCCCCUUUCCACAUUUUAACGACCGUCACGAAAUUCACGAGUCCACGACCCCUCCGCAACAGCACCGACACCAGCGCCAGCAGCCGAGGCUCGCAUCAUCCAUUCCAUCAGAUCUUGCCGAUAGAACUCCGUCCCCUAGCUCCUCCCAAACCCCAACUCUUCGCCGUACUCCCCGAUUCGAGGCGCCUCCCACGCCCACCCCCGCCCCCUCUUCUCCUUCGCGCCGCAUACACGUCGAGGCCGCAUCUGUUGGUUUCAGCCACGGGAUCCAGCUUGCGACGGCAGAUGCCCCCCAACCUGUCCGCGCCCAGCCCCCCGCAGCCGCCGGCACGCGACGAGCCACGGCGGAUCUUCAUCCAGCCCUCCGAAUUUCCAAGCACACCCACAGUGCUAUUCUCUUUGCGCUCGAAGAGGCACUACGGCACCCUCAUCCGUUCACCCCCGACCUCGUCGAGGAAAGCGCAUCCAUGGCUGACCUCAUGGGCGGCCCUGGAGGCCCGUCCUCGUCCCACGGCAAUGCCGCCCCAUCUGCUCGCCCUCGCCCAACCGGUGCCCCUGCGCCGACCGGUUCUCCGUCCGGUAUUCGAGGUCCUCGGAUGAUCAUGCAGGAGCGAGCAGCUCGGGAGGCCGCCCGCCAGCGAGCGGAACAAGAACAGAUGCAGCUAGAAAGACAACGUGCCGAGGAAGAAGCUCGACUUUUGGAAGAGGCUCAGAGACGGAAUUCUCAACGUCGAGCCGCCGCUGCCGCUGGCGCUGCUGUAGGAGGACUACCCGGUGCUGGGCCCCCCGAACAUGUUCACCAACCCGAUCCCACCACCCCCCAACGCCGACCCGCUGGCCUGCGUACCGACAUCCCGUCUGCCACUCGUCCAAUGCACGACUCUUCUCGACGCCGGGGGCCCUCGGCGACUCAACCUCAGCAGCAGGGAUCCCCACCCACCCGGGCAUCCGCGUCACAGGUUCAACAAGGCCAAACUGCCCCCGGCGCUGCACCGGCCCUCGGCACCUCUCAGCAACAAGCGACAACUGGUGCCCAGGCCGGUCAAACAUCUGCUACUCCCGCCGCCGGCGCAUCGAAGCCUAGGAACUCGUUCCCUCACGCGUUUGAGCGCUGGGAGACUCUGUCUGCGCACUGGGAGGGUCUGACCAACUUUUGGAUCCGACGCCUCGAGCAGAACAACCAAGACAUCGAACGCGACCCCAUCAACCAGGCCUUGUCUCGUCAAGUCACCGACCUGUCUGCGGCCGGAGCCAACCUGUUCCAUGCCGUGGUAGAGCUUCAACGCCUCCGCGCCAGCUCGGAACGGAAGUUUCAGCGAUGGUUCUUCGAGACCAGGGCCGAACUGGAAAGGGCCCAGGAAGUGAACGCUAUGCUGGAGAAUGCGCUUAACGAAGAGAGACGUGCCCGGGCGGAGGCGAUUCGAGAGGCGGUGGCAAAGGAGCAAGCCAGCUCGAUGAACAAGACGCGGUUCGAGGAAAUGCGAAAGGAGCUGCAGAUCUCCAAGGAGGAGGCCCGGCGCGCCUGGGAGGAGCUCGGCCGACGCGAGCAGGAGGAACGCGAACGCACCAUUUCUUUGCAAAACGGCCUGCCCACCAUUGUUGGAGGCGUCCAAGUGGUCCCCAUGACGCAUGGCGUGCCCACCCGCCACGGUAGUUCUCAGCAGGGCGGAGGCCAGCAAAGCGGCUAUGGGCCCGAGUCGGCCGCUGCCGCUGCCGCCACUGCGCCAGCCAGCGAUGAAGGUGGUUACUACACACAACAGCACCGAGGCACGGACCCCGAAUAUGCUGGCGGCUCCGAGGGCGGCUACGGCGAAGGUGAGUACCAGAUGGACGUGCAGGGCAACUUCGCCGGCGACCAGCGGGGGGAUAAGGCCCCCUUCGAAGCUCCUCCGUCUCCCGUUUCUGACGAGGGCGCAGAAGACUACGCGACUCCUGCAGCCCACCCUCCCAACACCGGCUACAUGCAAGCAGGCACCGCGUCGCCUAGCCGGAAUCAACCCCAACCGCAACCGCAGCAACAACAACAGCAGCAGCAGCAGCAGCAGCACGGCCAGUAUUAUCCGCCGCAGCAAGACUACUCGGGCCAAGGCUACGCCGCUGCCGGGUGGGAGACGCUACCCCGGCAUCAUCAUCCUACCAGACUUAGUGAUGUCAUCGAGGAAGAUGAUGAGCGGAGCCGCACGAGUGCCAGCCACAGCCGCGUCUGA